AUGGUCCAAGUGAGAGUGAGUGAGGGCCUGCUAGAGGGAGAGCGAGUGGACAACCCGUACGGAGGCUCCUUCUACAGCUUCAAGGGAAUACCGUACGCGCAACCACCUGUAGGAGACCUGCGGUUCAAGGCUCCUGAACCACCUCUGCCAUGGGAAGGAAUCCGGAGUGCGAAGGAGUUUGGUCCAAUAUGCUACCAGAAAGAUUUCGAGUCACAAUCCAAGAUAACGGGAAGCGAAGAUUGUUUAUUCCUCAACGUUUACACUCCUGAACUGCAACCCCAAAACCCUGUACCCGUGAUGUUUUUUAUCCAUGGCGGCGGAUUCUACUCCGGCAGUGGCAAUGAUGACAUGUACGGCCCAGAGUUCCUCGUGAGACAAGGAGUUAUCCUAGUCACAAUCAACUACAGACUUGAAGUACUGGGUUUCCUUUGUUUAGACACUGAAGAUGUGCCUGGUAAUGCAGGGAUGAAGGAUCAAGUGGCAGCACUACAAUGGGUCAAUAAAAACAUUUCACACUUUGGCGGUGACCCCAAAAAUAUCACCAUUUUUGGUGAAAGUGCCGGUGGUGCCAGCGUCAGCUACCAUUUAGUUUCGCCCCUGACCAAAGGACUUUUUCAAAGAGCCAUUUGUCAGAGUGGAGUCGCGACUUGCUGGUGGGCUAAAGUAUUUGAACCUCAGUUGAGAGCACUGGAAUUAGCACGACAAUUAGGAUAUAACGAGGACACAGACGGAGAUCUCUACGAGUUUUUCAAAUCUCAACCAGAUGAGAAACUAUCUGGUGUCAAAGUACCACUAUCUUACUCAGAACAACAUCGAGCUAGUUUUGAAUUAUAUUUCGGCAUUGUAAGUGAAAAACAAUUUGGUGAUAAAAAGGGUUUCUUUCACGGUAACAUAUCAGACUAUUUAGAAAAUGGAAUCCACGAAGGUGUUCAAGUUAUUAAUGGAUAUACUGCUGAUGAAGGAGUCCUACUAUACGUGUUUGAUAAACAUGCAAAAAUGUUACAACAAGCUAAAGAGUUAGAUAACUUUUUCACUCCCAAACAUAUUGCAUUAAAUUGUUCUUUAAAAGAACAAAUUCAGGCUGGGCAAAAGAUAAAACAGUUUUACAUGCGCAACGAAGGUAUGGAUUGGGAAGGUAGUGAGAGAAACGUUGCAGCACAUUUUUUGGGUCUAGAUGCUGUGACAAACGGUAAAGAAGUAACCUGUCACUUGGAUGAUCUGUUUUAUAUUUUCAACAGCAAAGUAUUUGAUUCUAAAGUCGAUAUGGACUCGAAAACGUUCAAAAUGAUCGAGAAUGUGACAAAAUUGUGGACAAAUUUUGCUAAAUAUGGAGAUCCGACUCCUGACAAAAGUCUUGGUGUCAAAUGGAACCGUUACACAUUGGACAAAGAAGAAUAUCUGAACAUUGGCAACGAUCUCCAAACUGGAUCUGCACCGGACCGCGACGAGUUCUUGUUUUGGGAGAAUAUCUUUAAAGAAAUUACUCCUGACUAUGUCGAUAAAGUUUAUUAA